AUGCCUCGACGACAAAAAGAUCUUGCCCUGCUCCAAUCCAUCCUUCGUCCUACGAGCUCAUCGUGUUCACGUCAGAGCUCCAUCCGAGACUUCUCCGUUCUAAACCGUCCACCUCCGAAUUAUCCUGGCCAUGUCCCUCUCACUUUCAUCGAGCGCUCAGCUUUAGCCGUUGGCUCUGCAGUCGCCAGUCUUCUGAAUCCGCGACGAGCAGAUAUGAUUGCUGCGCUCGGCGAGGCAACUGCUCAACCCUUCUUCAUCACAAAGCUUCGAAAUCGAAUGCUAGCAAGUCCGACGGGCCGAAGGAUACUUCGAGAUCGUCCACGAAUCACAUCCAAAACGAUGUCGCUUGAACAUCUUCGGAAGCUGCCAGAGAACUCGGUGGGAAGGACAUAUGCAGCAUGGCUCGAUCGAGAGGGUGUCUCCCCUGAUACUCGAGACUGGGUACGAUAUAUAGACGAUGAAGAGGAGGCCUAUGUCAUGCAGCGUUAUCGAGAAUGCCACGACUUCUAUCAUGCUCUCACUGGUCUCCCUAUCUUUGUCGAGGGGGAAAUUGGACUGAAGGCUUUUGAGUUUGCAAACACAGGGCUCCCUAUGACUGCGCUUUCGUUGGUGGCGAUUGUGAAACUCAAACCUCAGGAAAGGCAGAGGAUGUUCAAUACCUACCUGCCAUGGGCUUUCUCUAAUGGAUUAGGGAGCGUAGAUCUUAUCAAUAUCUACUGGGAAGAAGAAUUGGAGACAGAUGUCGAUGAUCUGAGAGCUAGGUUGGGUAUUGAGCCUCCCCCAGACUUACGAGAGACUAGAAAAAAGCUCCGAGAGGCUCAAAAGCGAGCUUCGAAGGACAAAAAGACCUAA